UGACCACAUGUGGCAACUCCAUCUGAAUUUGUUGUUUACUUGGAAUUAGUUUGUAAUCUAGGAAAUAUUAAACGAAAAUGCCACCGAAGAAAGAUGCAAAGGGCGGCAAGGACGCGGGGAAAGGUGGCAAAAAGCCAGCCGCCGAAGACAAGUCUGCCGGCAAGGAGAAGAAAGGAGGCAAUGCCGUCAAGGUGCGCCACAUCCUGUGCGAAAAGCAGGGCAAGAUCACCGAGGCCAUGGAGAAGCUGAAGGCGGGCCAGAAGUUCCCAGAGGUGGCAUCCGCAUACAGCGAGGACAAGGCACGCCAGGGUGGUGAUCUUGGCUGGCAAAUCCGCGGAGCCAUGGUCGGUCCUUUCCAGGACGCCGCCUUCGCCCUGCCCAUCUCCACCGUCAACAAUCCCGUGUACACAGAUCCCCCGGUCAAGACCAAGUUCGGCUACCACAUCAUCAUGGUGGAGGGAAAGAAAUGAGGGCUAGCUGAUUUUAUAAAUCGAAUUUUAAUGUGA